AACUCUUAGUAUUAAUGGCUUUGGCUUCCAUAUUCAUUCUAGAAAAUUAAAUGUUUCUCACGAAUAACUUCUAGACAAUAAAGAGGGACCUAAGAAUAUAAUUGUUUCAAUAAAUUCUAAUUUAAAUACACUCGAUCAGUUUUUUUCUCAUUCCCUAGUACGAAAAUGAAAAAACCACAAAGAUUGUAAGUUAAAAAGAAGAAACUUUUAUACUUCAUUAAUAAGCCGUUUCUCUAUUUGUAUUGUCCUCUUCCUAUUCUUAACCUCCCCUGUUCCUGUCAUCCUAUAAAUAUACUUAAAACAUUUUCACAGACUAAACAUAUCUCCAAGGUGCCCGCUUUGCCACAUUAACCAAAAAAGCACACAAGCAAUUCAUAAAUUAAUCAUCGCCAUGGCAAGGCUGAACAUUUCUCCCGUUAUGGUGAUUUUGCUUCUGGGAAGCGUAGCAGCCACCAUCUUACCAGGACUUGCAGUCCCAGCACCAGCACCAGCAACUGCACAGCAGCAUUUGUUAGAAUGUGCGGACAAACUCGGAGACUGUGGCAAACUAGUAUACUUAGCCGUAUUCGUCAAUGGAACUACUGUCACCAAGGACUGUUGCACUCGGCUUCUAUCUGUGGGCAAACAAUGUCACCAUGAUUUGAUUGUAUAUGCUACUCAGAGGCCUACUUUCAAAGGAAACGUUUCUGAAAUUUUGGAUAAGAGGCCUACUUUCAAAGGAAACGUUUCUGAAAUUUUGGAUAAGAGCGAGCAAGUAUGGAAUGAUUGUGUUAAUUCCACUCCGGCAUCUCUUUUUCACUAAUUCUCUUGUCCCUAUUAGGCACUCUAAGUACUUG